CUCGCGCACGAGCUCGGGCCAGGCAGGAGCAAAGAGACAGCAGCAGCCAAGAUGGAGUCGCGGCUGGCGCGGCUGCAACCGCAGCUGCAGGGAGCUGGCGAGCGCGUCUAGGGCUAGCCCCUCCCCGCCGCGCGCCCCGCUUUGCCCCAUGGCCUGGCCUCUCGGCGGCCACCCCUUGGGUUUUCCCUCGGCCGGCGCCGCGGGGCUCCCGGGGCCAGUCCUUUGCCUGUGAGCAGGAGCCGCCGGCGGCGCUGGUGCUGCUGCCGCCGCCUGUGCCGGUGAGCCCUUCUCUGCGUCUCCCUGCCGCGCCGGGGGCUCCGCGCUCCGGGCUGCCCGGCAGGAUGCUGCCGUCGCAGGAGGCCUCCAAGCUGUACCAUGACAACUAUAUGCGGAACUCGCGGGCCAUCGGCGUGCUCUGGGCCAUUUUCACCAUCUGCUUCGCCAUCAUCAACGUGGUGGUCUUCAUCCAGCCCUACUGGAUCGGCGACAGCGUCAGCACGCCCAAGCCGGGCUACUUCGGCCUCUUCCAGUACUGCACGGGCGACGACGGCAACAACCGGGAGAUCAAGUGCCACGGCUCCUUCUCCGAGUUCAGCAACAUCCCCUCCGGAGCCUUCAAAGCGGCCUCCUUCUUCGUGUUGCUCUCCAUGGUGCUGAUCCUGGGCUGCAUCACUUGCUUUGCCCUCUUCUUCUUCUGCAACACGGCCACGGUCUACAAGAUCUGUGCCUGGAUGCAGCUGCUGGCAGCUCUCUGCCUGGUGCUGGGCUGCAUGAUAUUCCCAGAUGGCUGGGAUUCUGAGAAGGUCAGGGACAUGUGUGGGGAGAAGACAGGGAAGUACUCGCUGGGCGACUGCUCUGUGCGCUGGGCUUACAUCCUGGCCAUCAUCGGCAUCUUGAACGCCCUCAUCCUCUCCUUCCUGGCCUUUGUCCUGGGCAACCGGCAGAAUGACCUGCUUCUCGAGGAGCUCAAAACAGAGAACAAAGAUUUUGUUGGCACUGCGAGGAUAUAAUGUAGAAGAGGCAGGAGGCCACCCCCCUCUCUCAUCGGUAUCUGGAUUGGACUCUCUCUCUUCUCUCUUCUUCUCUUCUCCCAUCCCACAUUCCCCACCGCCUUUCCUUUGCUGCUGUCAGCUGGAAAAAGAAAUCAGACUCAAAAGCCUCAGAAUCUGCCGACCUCACCUGUGUGCCAUGUCCGGCCCUCAUGAUUCGCCAGCUUUGGCCCCCGCCUUUCUGCUGACUGGUUGCUAAUGGAGGGAAAUUCAGCACAGAUACCCUCACCCAUCUUGAACUUGUCGCUUUUUGGGGGGGGGAAGAAAUACAUUUAACUGCAAUUUUGAGUUUAAAGGAAGGACAUCCCGGGAAUUUUUAACAUUCUUUUGAAGGGAGUCGACCCUUUCUGGGAAAAUCUGCCACUAUGACCCCAUGAGCCCCCCCAUGCCCUUCUUCUCAAGACCUGGUGCCAAGAUGACAGUGCUGCAACAGACUGUGCCAGGGGCCCAUCUCCUUGCCUCAUCUUUUCCCCAUUUUUAACCUUUCAGCAAC